UCAUUAACCCAAAACCGGAUCCCUCUCGUCAUUCUUCGACUUGAACAGCCAUGGCCGUUUCUCUGCCUUCGAUUCCUCCAAAACCUCCAUUUCUCUCCUUAAUUAAUUGAAACCCUAUAAUUACUACCGGAACCCUAAUUAUACGAUGGUGCUUGUUACCGGAGAUAGAUAUUUAGAUUCACUUGUGAAAUUCGUGGAGAAUAAUGUGGAGUCGUUGAUCGAAGGGACGUUGGUAUUGAAAUUGAAUCCAAUUGGGCUUCACUAUGUGCACUCUAGGCUUGAAUCGUUGUCGGAGCUUGAGAGUCUUCUUUCAGGUGCUCCUGUAGAUUAUUUGCGUGCUUAUAUAUCUGAUUUGGGUGACCAUCGUGCGCUUGAGCGGCUUCGAAGGAUUCUUCGUCUCCUUACGUCGCUCAAGGUUGUCUCUGUGCUUCCUCCUCCUGCUAGGGACCCUACGCCGUUGUCACUUUUGCCUUUUGGUAGACUCAAGGUUUUGGAGCUUAGAGGAUGUGAUCUGUCAACCUCCGCUGCUAGAGGACUUUUGGAAUUAAGGCAUACCUUGGAAAAGUUGAUAUGUCAUAAUUCGACAAACGCUCUUAAGCACGUAUUUGCUAGUAGAAUUGCUGAUAUAAAGAAUUCUCCGCACUGGAACCGGUUAUCAUUUAUUUCAUGUGCCCGUAAUAGCUUGGUUCUGAUGGACGAGUCCUUGCAACUUCUUCCUGCUGUUGAAACUCUUGAUUUGAGCAGAAACAAGUUUGCCAAGGUGGAUAAUCUGCGGAAGUGCACCAAAUUGAAGCAUCUGGAUCUUGGGUUCAACCACCUGAGAAACAUUGUUUCCUUUAGUGGGGUCUCAUGUCAUAUUGUUAAGCUUGUUCUGAGGAACAAUGCUCUCACAACAUUGCGUGGAAUUGAACAUUUAAAGUCACUUCAGGGGCUUGAUGUUUCGUACAAUAUAAUCUCCAACCUCUUAGAGAUGGAAAUUCUUGUUGGUCUCUCAUCUCUUCAAUUCUUGUGGCUUGAGGGGAAUCCUCUAUGCUGUUCUCGUUGGUAUAGAGCUCAAGUCUUCAGUUUCUUUCCCAGUCCAGAGAAGAUGGAGCUUGAUGAAAAGAAAAUCUGUACAAGUGAGUUAUGGCAGCGGCAGAUUAUUAUUGCCAGUAGGCAAAAACGGCCUGCUAGCUUUGGAUUUUAUUCACCAGCAAGAGAUGGGGCCAAACUAGAAGGAAGUAUUUAUACAAAAAGGAAGAGGCUCUCACGCGUGGCUAGUAUCGAGACUGAAGAACAGAACACUUCCAUUUGCUCCGAUAUAGAAUCUGUGUCUGUUGAUAUCGACAAUCAAAGCAAGGAGGAGAAUGCCCUUUCUGAUGAGGAAGCUGAAAUAGUUGAGUUGAUGAACCGAAUUGAAAAUAUGAAGAAGGAAAGAUCUGAUGAAUGGCUGCAGGAGUUCAAAGAUUGGAUAAAUGAUUCUUCUGGCAAUUUUAUUGGUGUUACUAGAGGCAAGGAGCCUAUUUCCAGUAACCACAGAGAUGACGAAGUUGAAAAUCAAACUAGAGACAAACAGCUAGGCGAGACCUCAAAAUAUGUAUCCGACUCAAUGCUGGCUUCUGGAGAUGACAGCAGCACAAAUAUACUAGAAUCUGACAACUCAUUUGCAGAAACGUUUACUAAUAUCAAUAUGUUUCAUUACCCUAACCAAAUUGGUGAAGCAGCUUCCAGAUUUUCCCGCAAUCACACAGGAGAGUCCAUUCAUAUUACUAGAAGCCGACUUCAGGAUAAUUUUAGCCCAAUAAAUAAUGAAGUGCUUCUACAUCCAAAUACGAUGUUCCCUAAGUCUGAACCCUUCUCAACCCAAAGGGGUCUUAAAAUGAGUGCUAAAAUCAAUAUUCCACCAGUUACUGAUGCUGAUAAUAUUUGGGAUUCUCGAUCAUCCUUGGCUAGCACAGGAUCACCUCCUCACUACAAGGAGGACAUUCUGCAUAGACGCCAAAACUUGGAAGAAGAACUCCUGCAGCUGUCUGCUGAAUCCUUCUCAGUUGCAUCUUCUGAUAGUGAUACAAGCUGUAGCGAUGAUGAUUGCCCUGAUUUGACCUCAAUGCCUCUGGUUGAUAAGUCUCUUAUCCACAAUGUCUCAGAAAAGAGUGUGGAAAGCCACUCUUCAGUGCAUCUGUCUAUGGAUGUAUGCCAUGAAUUGUAUCCGAUAAAAAUAAAUUGUAGAUUCCCAGCACGUUUAGGCACUGAGGGAACCUCUGAUUGCACGGUGGUCAGAGAAUCAGAAACUUCGUCCCAGCAAGGGCAUUUUUCUACUGACAAUGGAAGUGUAGAAAGUGUACAAGUUGUGAAGGAGGACACUGAUUGGUUGGAAAAGAAAAAACGUCGUAGGAAACCUGCAAGGAGAAUAAUCUCAUUGUGUGAGGAAAAUAAAGGAGCAGAACCUAAAAAAUCAAAUGUGGAUAUAAAUGGUUUUCAAGACAGAGGAGUUGUAACAUGUUGCCAAAGUGAGAUGAGAAUAUCCCUUGAUAGUUGUGACAGGCAACCUCAUGCCGAGAAAACCCGAUUAUUACGUGAGGCUGAGGAGCUAAUUAAGAAUUGCUUUAACAACAAAGCUGCAGAUUCUGGAAUUGACGAAUCUUGUCAGAGAUACAUUUUAUGCAACUGUUUGCUCGAGAAAGACUCCCAGUUCAGUGAAAGCGAGGUAGCUGUAACCUUGAGCAGUGAGCAUAAGUUACAUGUGCUACUCCUUGAAAACUCAUGUGAUGGGUCAGGUUCAAGCUUAAAUUUGGUUGGCUGUCAUGGUACACAACAGAUGAGAGAGAUUUUUGUGGGUUUGGGACUUCAGAUUGUAAGAGUGUGCUUCGAAUGGGACACAACCUACCUCUUCUUGACCAGAAAUAUAGACGUAUCCAGAGAACUAUUAUCGAUAUUGGGGUUUGAUGAUUCACAUGUGAUGGAAAAUAACUGUUCUCUGCAAAGUUUGGAUAAGGUUCAGGCUGAUUUGUUCGAAAGGCAUGUCUGUGGAGGUUUGAAGAUGAGCAUUCUUCAGUAUUCAAUGGUGAUGUUCUGGUGCAACAAUUCGAAAGAGGACUCAUGGAUGCGGAGAUCACUAUUUGUGCUUGGGAGGCAUCUAGUUCUGUGCAUGGAAGAUGUAAUCCUGCUUGGUUCCCUUUCUGAGAGUGCAUCUUGCUCUUCCUAUUUCUCGUUGGACUCUUGUUGUUCCAUUGUCAACGUGUCAGAAGUGGUAAUUGAAACCACAGAUUGCUAUUGUGUGACCCUGACUUUGGAUGGUGUCAUGUCAGAGUUCCCUCUUUCACUGAAGGAGGGCAAAGUAGUCGAGGAUGUAAAACUCGUGAAGAGAAAAUCUGUCUCAGGUCCCCAGAAAUGGAAGUUGAAGUGGUUUUCAGAAGAAAGCCUCUUCAAAUUUGUGACUUUAUUGAAAGCAUUACAUAGUGAAGCAACAGCAAGUGCCCUACUUGUAUACCGUCACUAAAGUGAGCAAAAUCUGUUUUGUUUUUCCAUUCACAGUUCUGUUUUAUAUUCAUUUCAUUCUUUGGUUCUGAUGUACUCUUCCUGUGCCCCUAGGCAGUGUUGUAUUUGCUUUCCUUUUUUUCUUUUUCCUUUUCUUUCCAGUUGAUGUGUUUUCAUUCUUUGAUUUAUUGUGUAGGCAGUGAUUUGUUGUAAAAAGCGUGCGGAAAGGGAAAUUAGUGUAUUUAAUGUCAGUUUGUUUUGGA